ACAAAUUUCCUUUUAAUUGAAACAAUUGCUCUAAACUCGAAAGCAAAUAGACUGGCAGCAAAAGCAAUAUCAUAAAAAACACUAGCUGCAUUCCAAGUCGAGCAAAGCAAUAACUACAAGAAGAACCAGCAGAUACACAGAUAAAAGAUACUGAGAUAGUCGGAUACCUGCCUGCGUUGCAACCUAUUCCUAAGUGCAGUCGUAAAUGCAGUUUAAGGCACCGCUGCAUAAUAAUUAUAUACAUCUCUCUCCGUUUUUUGGUGCGUGUUUGUUUUGUUCUGUGUUUUUCUGUUUAAAUCGCUUGGAGGAACAAUAACACAACGGAAUUACAAUGUAUCUCAUACAGACUGUUCAAACAACUUGGCGUCCCCAGUUGCCGCUGCCCAAGGAGCUACACUUGACUGAUGAACGCAAUAGCGCCGACGACGACACGAAACCGAAAUCAGCAACAUCAGCGACAGCAGCAAAAACCAACGACAACCUCGACGAGCUGGAAAUGGAUCGUUUGCGCAGCCAUCAACAGCACAGCAGCUUGAGUGGAGGAGGUGGCGUUGGAUCUGGUCAGCAGUUGUCCAAUAAGCAGAAAUGGUCAUUUGGCCGAAUCUUUCGCAACAAGAAGAAGGAAGCGGAGAACAAUAGCGCCAGUUCCAGCGAAGAAGAUCGCAAGGCGGGCUUUGUGCCCAAGUCCAAAGCGAAGAAAUCAAUUCGGAACAGCAGCAGUCACAAAACACUUGGCUUUGAUCACAUUGUGUUGCCAGCAGCAGCAGCAACACCUCCGCAAAAUCACCAGCUGCACGACGAGUUCUUUCUGCCCGUUGAGAUGGUGCCCCCAGAGCCCUACUAUCAGAAUCAACCUGGUUACAAUAGUCGCUCCAGUAACUCCCUCGAUCGCCGGCUCUAUCUAUCCCAGCAGCAACAGCAGCAACAGUUGCUUCCUUCACAGAAAUCGCGUUCCACGCAACGUGUCAGUCGCAAGCCUGGUCACUCUAGCGAGGAAGAGCUAAUUUCGUUGAAUUCCUCUACUUUCUCCAAGUAUCGCAGCGAUGAGAGCAUUCAUAGUGGUGGUCAAGCACUGUCCGGUGGUCCGUCUAGUCGACGCAGUCGCGCCGCUCGCAAUGAGCGAUAUUACAAGCGUUUGUCUCGGGAUGGGGAGAUCAGUCAUGGCGGUGUACCGCACCAGCAACAGCAGCGCUACAAGACGCAACCACUGCCACUCUCCAUCUACCAGGCAACCAACUCCUCUGCCUCCCCAGCCUACGUUCAAUGGCGUCCGUUGCAGAACAGUAUGCAGAAUGAUGCAAAGCGUAGCAUUAGCUACGACAGCCAAAUCCAUUUGCAGAAUGCCAGCGGUGGACGGAGGAUGUCGAGUAAACCAGUGUUGCCGCCACCACCACCGCCGAGGGAUCCACUGCGUCGUGUUCACAUCGGUUGCAGUUCGGGUGAUUUGCGGCCAGUCUCUUAUGCCUUUGAUCAAUGUGGUCGCUGUGUCUCGGACGAUCGCAUGUGGCAGCCACCGCAUUAUCAAUCGGUUCACUCGCUCAACUCACAGCCAGGCAGUACCAACUCGGAGCAGGCCAGCCAAUCUCAGCCUCAUCAUCGACGUUUUAUUACGCGCUCGGAGCGCAAUGCGUUGCCUGGCAAGAAAUCGCUGCCCAAUGGCAUCGUUGAUUUUCAUUAUAUGGCAGAUGCAACGCCGCGCUCCAGGAAGCCCAUACACAUGCUGGACACGAGUGGGGCUGCAGCUGCUGAUGGAUCACAGUCGGGUCUUCCCGCUUACAGUGGUGUCUUGCGCACUUCCAAGAGUGGUUUGCCCACCUCCAACGAGACAUGGAAGCAGCCCCUAGCCAAACCACGCUCCAUUUCCAGCUCGAGGAUUAGUGAGCUGCGCAGCUAUCCCAUGCCCAUGUACUCAGAGGUGCAAAAGCCCAAGAGAUCAGCUCCUGCUCCAGCUCCAGCUCCUGAGCCAGACAACGUCAUCUGUGGCAGUUUGCGUAUAAAGCCCGGCGAGCAUGGCAGUCAGAAUUAUGUGGAAAUACGGCACCGGGAUGUGCACAAGACCAACUCGAUGCCGCAUCACUAUCAGCAGCGUCGCUCUGGCGAGGAUCUGCCCAACAAGUACGAAGAGUAUGUGGCCGAGAAGCGGGAACAGCAUCAACAGGCGCCACCAGCCAUUUUCAGCGAACGUAAAAAUAGUUUACCAGCGCCUCCAAUUUAUUUACCACGCAAGAAGCCCGCUAAUCUGGAGGAGGCCAUCAACGAGCUGGAGGCCAUCUACAAGUCGUUGGGACUCACAGAACCCGCGGAGACAGUGGAGUCUAAGGCGGAGCUGAAGAAGGAGCCCAAGCCACGCAUGCCGACACCGAGCGAUUUCGAGAAGUUCGCCUUGGCGCAUGCCGACGACUAUGAGGAUGAGGAUUCGCCUGGCGGUGAACCGGAUCCGGUGCGCGAUGAUGUCGCCUAUCGCAAUCUGCAGUUAUCCAAUUUGCAGCAUCGCCACGCGGACAGACAGCCUCCAUUUGGCAUACCCGUUGGUCCAAUUGUGCCCGCUCCACAGAGCGAUUAUCUCCAUGUGGAACCGGUGCAGCAGCCGAAGAAGAAGACCGGGUCCCCGGACAUCGUCAAGGAUGAUUUGGCAGUGCGUGCACUGCGCAAAGAUCCACCCGGACCCAAAUCCACCUACGUCUAUCCCGUGCAGAGCAAGAAACAGCGCGCUACACGCACCCAAUCUGCCAACAUCUACAGCCUCAUCCAACGGGCGGCGGCCAAGCCGUCAGGCGGUGAUCUUGGUAGCUACAUGGAGCUAACGCGCAGCAUCGAACGUGCCGGUUCCAUGUCAAAUCUUUGCGGCAGUGAGGAGGAGGAAAAGAAGAAUGACAUACCCUGCACCCUGGACCUGUUGCGGAAGCUGAAGGCACAGGACGAGGAGUUGGCCAAGAAACCGCACAUACCCUUCAGACAUCCCAGUCUAGGUGGCGCCAUUGCCCAGCUGCCGGAGCGACUGGGUCAAGAGGAGACUGCGACGCCCAAGUUGGCACCUGUGCCAGCGCCCCGGAAGAGUCUAACGCCCGAACCGCUGCUGGAGGAUGCGUUGAAUAAGAUUGCGCAGGAUGCGCAGGCGAGCAGUAUCAAGUUGACGCAGGAGCUGGAUGAGUUGCGCAAGGAGGCGCUCAUCACGGCCGCCAGGCCCAAGCUCAAUGCUGAGCAGCAGAAACUGGAGCAGGAGCUGCAACAGAUCGAGGCAGUCUCCGUGGCGGCCAAGCGUUGUGGCCAACUGCUGCUAGAAACCCUGCCUGACCAAGAUCGGACGGACAGCCAGCAGCAAGCUGGAGGCAACCAGCAACGACCUAAUCCCCGCAAGCUGCACAAGGAGGGUAAACUGAUUCGGGCCAUCGAUGAGGUAUCCGAGGCGGCGAAUGCCGUUUGCGAGAAGAUACUCAAGGAUAUUGUGACAACAGAGCCACCAGUGGUGGUGCACGAGGCGCGACAGGUGAAACAGCAGCCAGCAGCUCACCAGCAACAGUUGGUGAUGCCACAUCUGAUCAAGAAACUGGAUCCCAUACAAUCGGAGAAAAUCGAGGCGAUUGCUAAGCGUUGCAUGCGACAACUGAGCGAAUUGGCCGAGGCGCAACCACCGCCGGACUACGACAAUCUGGCCAACUGUAAUACACUGAGCACAGCUGGAGCAGCUGUUGUAGCUGGUUGCGAACAACAACAACAAGUCCACGCUGAUGCCACUCUCAUUUGUCCCAUUGCAGAGGCGAGGGCAGCAACAGCAAUAGCAGCAGCAACUACAACAACAGCUCCCAACGAGGACAUAGAUCGCAUUAUGCUGGAAUGCGAGCGACAAGCUCGACAAACUGCAACCAACAACAACAGCAGCAGCAGCAUGACAACAGUAACCACCACAUCUGGCACUGGCACCGAUGAUCAGCGCACCACGGCGCCCAGCAUGAGCAGUGGUGGUGGUGGUGCCACUGUCAGCACCACUGCCUCCUCCUUCAGUUCGAGCAGUGAUUGUCUGGCCAAGUCGACGAGUCCCUCAAAUGUGGGUCGGGCUCUCUCCUCGAGCAUUACCUCAUUCAAUCCGUAUUCGUCGAGUGAUUACAUCAAGUCGCAGAGCAGUGAUUAUCAUGCACCCAGCACUGAUCCUAUCAAGACCUUCAGCACCACAUCCUAUGAUGUGCAAUCGACCAGAUCGAACAGCACCAACAACAACAACAAUAGCACGCUGAGCACCAACAGCAACAACAACAGCACCUUGAGCACCAACAACAACAACAGCAACACGAGUGAAAAUCAAACCGCCAGCGUUGCCUCCCCGUCGCCAUCACCAUCACCUCCGUUGCAGUUGACGCCGGUGGGUGAGCGGAGAGCACGCUCCUCCUCGCCAUCUCAGUACAAUUCCAGCGAGGAGCUGGCAGCCAUUUUUGGCAUUGAGGAGAAACCGAAGCAGAAGCAGAAGCAAAAGCAACGCAAGCCAGCAACAGGUAAAGGCCUUGUCCCCGCCCAGCAACUUGGCCAGGUCCAAUCUGAAUGCCAGGAGUUGAGCUCCUCAGAUGCCGCUACUAAUCCCCGCAGUGCUCUCGUUCAAGCUACCACUACUAAUCCAGUUUUAAAUGUUGACCCUCAAAUCGAUGUUAUUACCACCACUACUACUACUAGCACUACCAGCAGCAGCAGCUACUCACCAGACAAUACCCAAUCCACAUCCACUAAUGCUAGUAAUUGCAGUAGUCAUAGUUGUAAGUUAGCCACCAUACCAGAGCUAGAGCUCGAACUGGAGCAGGACACGGAGCGGGAACAGGAAAAGCAGGCGGAGCUGAAGAAGGAGACGGAGCCGGAGACGAAGACGAAUUUAAAACUUUCGCCCAAUUUUAAUCGCAUUUAUGCCAGCAACAUCAGCAUUGUUAUGGAUAGACCACAGUUGCAGCAAGUUGCAACUGCACCGGCCACUAACGUGACCCAGUUCGAUUCAUUGAGCUCGCUUGGGGAGGAGGAGGAGAUAUCCUCCAAUCCGGAUUCGGGUAAUGCCAGCUUGGCUGAUUUUCCGCUUUCCACAGCCCAGACCAAUAAUUCCAUUGAGCUGCAAACGACUUAUAAUAGCCGCUUUGAGGUUAAGGAGCACUACGUCACACAGGUAUCGAUAAAUGCCAUUGUUAUCGAUAACGAUAUCGAGAGGAAGAAGAAGCCAUUAGUCUCAGAUGGGGAAGAGGAAUUUCCACGUUUGCCUACAGAGGAAGAAUUGCUCGAAGGUUUGCGUGAGCAGGCCAAACUUGGCCAAGAUCAGCACAGAACUGGCAAACCUGACGACAAUUUGAAACUUGACGAAGCUGUCUAUGAUCUGGCGCGUGGAGCUCUACUAAAAGAAGACCAGCAGCAACUUGAGGAAAAUGAGCACAAAAUUGGCGAAGACAAACUUGACGACAUUUCAAAAUUUGACGAAACACUCGCACUUAGUGUGGCUGUCUAUGAUUUGGCGAGUGAAGCUCUAAUAAAAGAGCAACCAGCACUUGACGACGCUGAGCUGGUUGCGAGUGCACUUGACGAAGCGCUGCUUAUCGAACUUGACGAAUGUGAUCCCGUUGAGCUAACUGAGAGCAUCGUUUACGAGACACCGCAAAUCAAGCUGAGCAUAUCCGAAUUGAAACUCAAUUACGAAACUGAAACCCGAGCAGCGACGCUGCCGGAUGCCAUCAAAGAAGAAAUUAACAACGAAGCCGGCAAAAAUGAUGUGCCAAUUAAGGAUACUUUAGCACGUAAUGAGCAGCAGCGCAGUCGUAACGAAAAUGAGACGACCCAGCGACGCCAAGGACUUCCGGCGUUGGCAAACAGUGUCGCUGGCGUUGACGUCGUCGACGACGCUGACGCUGAUGACGAACUGCCGACGACAAGUUCGAAAGCGCUCUCCGUCUUCGGCGAGUUGCGCACAUUGCAUGCACCAGCAGAGAUGGCGGGGGCGCGGUUGACACGCGGCGGUUUGACAACACUGGAGCACAUAGUUUUCGCCUGCACCGUGGGUCUGAUUACGCCCAAUGAUUUGCUCACGUUGUGUCUGAUUGUAAUUGGUGUGAUUAUCAUUGUUGCAAUUGCGCUCAGCUGAACGAACUUGUUGCAGUUGCACUUCAUUGUUGUUGUCCUUCUCGUUAACGUUGUAAUUAAUGCGCAACAUUAUAAAAUGUCAUUUUUUAUUGCAUAUGUAAAAUGUGCAUUUAGCUAUUAUUAUUUCUACAUAGACCAAAAGUAUUCUCAUUUCCAAGCAAUUGUUUACAUAGAGUUAUGUAUUUCAUUCACACAUUUCAAAA